CACGAGGUCUACGCAGCCAGUCCGUUUGGGACGAGGCCUCCCCGCUCUUUGGAUUAAGGCAGAUCAGUCUCAACUGACACGUCUCCUGUCCAAUGGGCGUCGCGCUGGAGACCAGCAGCCAAUCACGUGUCGCAAAGGGCGGGCCCACGGCGGAGGGGGCAGGACGCGAGGUAUCAUGGAGGAUCAGCGAACAAACUGUGGCCAUCAGAGACGCGCAGGCGACGCUCUUGUCCCGGGGACUUUACUCUCACUUCACCGCCCGACUGCUCCCUCGUCGCCAACCACAUAUUCACAAUGGACAUGAAGAAGAGGAUCAUUUUGGAGCUGCGGAACCGAAACCCGGCAGAGGUGGCCGAGAUGGUGGUGGACAACAGCCCCUCGGUGAGUGGCGAAGUGGAAGGUCUCUCAGACAAGUUUAUCGAGCUGGAGGUCCUCAGUAUGAUCAACGUGGGUCUAAAUUCACUGGCCAAGCUGCCGUCGCUGCCCAAACUGCGCAAGCUGGAGCUGUGUGAAAACAACCUGUCGGGUUCUUUUGAGACCUUGUCGGAAAAAUGUCCCAACCUGAUCUACCUCAACCUUAGCAGCAACAAGAUUAAGGAGCUGAGCAACCUGGAGGCCCUGCAAAACCUGAAGAGCCUUCAGAGUCUGGACCUGCUGAACUGUGAGAUCACGUCGCUGAAGGAUUACCGCGACAGUGUGUUCGAGCUCCUGCCUCAGGUCACCUACCUGGACGGCUUCGACCAGGAGGAGAACGAGGCGCCCGAUUCGGAGGCCGACGAAGAAGAUGAGGACGGCGAGGACGGGGCAGGGCCGACCGGCGACUACGAUGACGAGGACGACGAAGACGACGACGAGGACGGCUCGGAGGGAGGAGAGGUGGGGCUGAGCGUUCGUGGGAAGAGGGCCACGCAUCAGGAGGAGGAAGAAGACGACGACGAGGAGGACUAUGGUGAGGAGGAGGAAGAGGAAGACGAGCGAGCGGACACUCAGGGACAAAAGAGGAAGAGAGACGUGGAGGACGACAGCGAGGACGACGAAGACGACGAGGACAACUAGCCGUGCUGUCGUUGCCCGUGUGCGUGCGUUUCCCGUCCUACGCUAGAUGUCGCCCCUCUAGCUCUGCCCACCUCCUUCAAAUGGGGUUGCAAAGGGGAAAGCAUUUCUUUGGAAAUAAUCCAAAUUUGAAACUUUUCAUGGGAAUUAACUGGGAUUUGAAUUGUAUGAUUGGUUUCUUUUCCGUUGUAUUUUAUUUAUUUGUUUUUUGGGUGGGGGCGCAGCGGCCAAUCAAAAAAAAUUGAAAGCAAUCGUUAAAGUUCAGUGAUCCAAGUCCUCUCCACCCACCACAACAGAUUGGCAAAUUGACCAAAAGGUUGGCAAGAAACGUUUUUUUUUUUUUUUUUUUUUUUUUUUUGAAAAGUUCCCUGUUCAGUCCAAAGCAAUGUUGAAGCCAUCUUGUGGCAUCAUUCGGCAAUUGCAAAGCUUUUAGCAGCAAGGUUGGGACCCUGUCUCCCGGUAAUUAUAGUAAGUCGUUGGAGUCAGCAUUAUGCUCAAAUAGAUUUUAGCCUGUAAGUGUUUUUUAUUGUCAGGGGGGAUUGAGGUGUGUCCACAAAUAGCUUUCCAAUUGCCUGUCAAUUUACGACCCGAUGGACAAGUUAGAAAUUGCUUUGUGGGGGGAGAAACAACACCCCCGAUUCUGGAGUAAGCAGUGAUAAAUUGCUAACAAGCCUUUAACAUGAAAAAUGAGGGUCGACACCCAAGUUUGAUUUUAUUUUAUGUUUUAAUAGACAAAAUCCAUGCAUCUUUUUAGUAUGACAUGUAGCCUGAGCAUCAAAACAACAAAUAAGAGCUUCUAAACUAAUGAUGGACGAUGAAUUUAGAGGGGGGGAGACCUUGCUGAAUCUGUGAAUUUGCAAAGGCUGCGCCACAAAUAUGGAGUGCAUAUUGAGCCAACCCUCAAUUGUGUACAUUAAAAAAAAAAACAAUUAUUCUGCUUUGCUGAAUCUGUUAAUCCCCUUGAAAACUUUCUAAAUUCGCAAUUUGCCAUCACUUUGCAACCCUACUUCCUGUAUAUCCGCAACCCAGCUGAACUCCACUCGGCUCCGCCACAUGCAAGAUGGCGGCCACGUUGGCUUUGGGAUCUUCUGGAAUUUUUGCUGAAGACAUCCAACUAAAUUGGGACUGUUCAUCGAUCCUCGCUUUUGCCCAUUAGUGAUGACAUUGCCAACUUUUAAGGGACACAUUAUUAAAAACAAAAAGACUUUUUGAACACAAAAAGUUGUCUGAUUGUUGAGGACGUUGAUUUUUGUUUUUUCGUUUUUAUUUUUCCAACACAAACCAAAGUCGGUGCACUUCAGAGCGCCUCCUUCAGGACUCCUUGUGUUUGUGGAUCAGGAUCUUCCUCCUCCGUUUUAGCCCGAUGAUCACAUGACUUCUGCCCCGCCCACCUUAUAGAAAUAUGCAGACCACUGUAAGCUCCUCCUUCUCUUAUACUUAUUAUUCCGUGUGUGUGUGCGUGUGUGUUUUAUUGUAGCUUUUUACACGCUCGGUGACUUUUUUUGGACUUUUUUGUUUGUUUGAUUUCUUUUUGGGGGGGUCAAGUGAUGUGAAAUAUUCCAAUAAAGUUGAGUCCGGUCGCUAUUAAAACAUUGUGGGAUAAGGGAAAUCAACAUUUUUAAAAGAAUUGAUGACAAAGCAAUAUUUAUAGAUUUUUACAAAGAUAAGGUUGCUUUCUUGUGAUCGGCCGAUUAAUUUAGUUCUUACCUUGUCGUUUCUCUCACUGACAUCCAAAUAAAUGUGCGUGUGUGCGCGUGCGUUUUUGUGUGUCGGUGUGUGUUUGCCGCUUUGAACAUUUAUUACAAAAAAAAAAAAAGGAUGGAAUAUUUGUGUACAUACGUUUUUACGCUCUUCAGGUCUGAUAGAAAAUGAAAAUAAAGUCAUUUAGUUGAA